CGAACUUCCCACAACACCAGCGAGCAAGAUUCGUGCUCUGCAGUCCGGUUUACCCCAAUCAAAGGCAUCUUCAACUUUGUAUCCUCAUUCCAUCUGGCAGCUCCACACUCAAAGAUGGCUACCGCACCCGUCCAAAGCAAGCUCACAAGCUUCUUGAACCAUCCUGCUGGACCAAAAACCAUCUUCUUUUGGGCUCCGAUGUUCAAAUGGGGCCUUGUUAUUGCUGGUGUCAAAGACCUGAGUAGGCCAGCUGAGAAGCUCUCGUUAUCUCAAAACAUCGCUUUAUCGGCGACCGGAUUGAUUUGGAUCAGAUACUCAUUUGUGAUAACUCCGAUCAACUACUCGUUAGCUAGUGUUAACACCUUCGUCGCGGCUACUGGUCUGGCACAACUGUAUCGGAUUUGGGAUUAUCGCAAGAGUAAUCCAGCAACCGCAUAAAGCGCACCCUCAGAACCGUCUGUUCAUCUGACACCAUCCGUUUCUGAACUCUUCCAUCUAUUUCUUAAUUGUGUCCUUUGAUCAAGUCCUCCGGCUCUCUCGAUCCUCCCGUUCCUCAAAAUCACAUCACAAAAAUGCCAGCCGAUGGAACCACAUCACAUUUUCGCUACAGUCCAGUCAGCUAAAUG